AUGAAAGGAGCCAUAUUUACAAAUCUUCUCUCCAUCUUUUGGAAAAAAGAGUGAUCUAAAGUACAAAAAACGUUUUCAGCGAAAUGUAUGACGACGAUGACGAGCCUGAAGGGCCAAAAAGUUCAUUUACAACUUAUCUUUCGGAAGGAAAUGUUCAUUUUAACCAGGGAGAGUAUAAAAAAGCUCUUGAUAGCUACACUCAGGUAUUUUAAGCUUUUAUAAUAAGCUGCAUUGUAGAUAUAGAAAAACAAGUUAUGAAGCUCACUUAACAGUAACUCCGUUUGCAAGAUUUAUCAACAUAUGCUUCCUCUUUUAUCUGCCGGUGCUCUGUUACCUCAUCGGCUAACUCUGUUGUGCACUGUAUGUCUUGUUAUAAAAUCAUGAGCAUCAUUUUCUAUACUUAGACGAAUUAUUAUCAACGGCUGCUACGGACUGAACUCAAAUGAACUUCUUUGUGAGAAUGAAUGUCAGACAAUUUGCCCCCGACAACUAGCCCCCAGUGUACAGUAUCACCAGAGUUAAAUAUCUUCGAAUCGCUCGUUUAAUAAAUGAACGGUCUUCAAUCCCUUUCUAAAUGUCUAGUUGUGUGAGUGACUCCCGCCCCUUGAAAUUCUUAUCGUAACUAAAGCUUAAGAAGUUCGCGAUUCGAAUUACUUCAUACAUGCGGGGACGUGUGGUCCGAGAGACUCCAGCCCCAUGAAAAACAAAUUCUUAUGUAACUAAAGCUAUUUAAGUUUGCAAUUUGAAUCUAUUUAAACAAAUUCUAAAUGACAAACUUAAUGUGGAACUUAAGUCCAUAAUAUGGGGGCCAGUUGUCGGUGGCUAAUUGUGUGAGGGGUGAAUUAUUGUCCGGAUACCAUGAAAAUCCUUGCAGAUUUACAUAUCUAGGUUGUGCAAAAGUGGAUAGCUCUAAGCACUGGAUAAAUCACAGACAAUGACUUUGGGAUAAUGUGAUUUGUUUGAAUCGCUUCAGGAGAGAAUUUUUUUCGCUUUUGUUCACAGGCUCUAGAGUUACAGCCAGGAUACAAAGUGUGCCUUGUUCAGCGAUCAAAGUGCUACCUGCGGCUGGGUGAUCCAGAUGCAGCAUUAAGAGAUGCAGAGGAAUCACUUGCAGAAGACAAAGACUAUAACAAGGUUUUAAAAUAAUGUCACGAGUAGCAUUCUUGUUGCUGUUAUCAAAACACUAAUAGUAAAAUUCUGUUUAACUGGGGUUUCUUCGGUGCCACCACACUUACAGUACAUUUUUUAGUCAACUAUGUCCUUGAAAAAGUAGGGACUUUAUAAUCCAACGACAUGACAGCAAUAAGAACGUCACUCAAAAGUGAAUUUAUGUUCUUUCAGUCUUUAUCACGAUUAUCCCUGCCCGCUUUCUUUGUCAAUGUAGUUGAACCCUCCUGGAGAUGACUUUCUAAGAACCAUAUCCAUUCUUGUUCAGAAAGAGAAAUAAAAUUUCGUUGUUGCUUGUUUACGUACUCCAUAAAGUAUGAAAUUAGGCAUUUUCACGUGGUAGUCAUUCAAAAAUGGGCAAAGAAAUGUAAAAACAAGCAUCAUGCAUGUACAAAAUAGUUGUUUUGCUUAUAAAACCUAUUUUUUUUUAUGUUCUCGUUGCCGUCUGUGUCAUGGCAUCUUAAAGUCUCUAUUAGGGACCAUUAAACCUGGGAACGGUAAAUAAAUUAUGUCAGUAGGUUUAAUAAGCAUAUAAAACAACAACUUUGCUCUUGUAUCCCACUUUUUGGUACAUUUCUUUACCUCCACUGCAUGAUUAGCCUCCGUGGCAGACUUAAUUUAACCUCAGUUGGUAUCGUCUGCAAAGCAGCACUGAGGUCCUUGUUCUGUGCCCCAAAGGACUCAACAAAUAAUUACUGGAAGUGUCUUUCAAAUUUUCUUUCAUGCUGAUAAUUGGCAAGUCAAUAAUGGCUUUUUUUAACAGGCCAAACAUGGCACAUACUGAAAUCCUGGUACACAGGUGGGGACCUAGCACAAGGAUUUUGGCGCUGUUUUGCAGACAGACUUAACCAGCAUUUAGUUUUGUCUGUGGUGCAAGCUACUGCGUGACUAACAUAUAUACAAAAAAUGCCUCAUUUUACCCUUAAAGGAAGACAAUCUAGGGUGAUAUUUUUGUAUAUGAAAAUUGGGGCUUAAAGGAUUAAUCGCAAUGACUAAGUCAUAAAAAGUAAUUACGUUAUUACUAUUAAUAAUUAUAAAUAAUUAUUAAUAAUAAUUAUAAAAAGUAAUUAUUACUUUUUAUGACUCAAACUACUUAUAGGGUCUUUACCAGAAAGCAGAAGCCCUUUACUCAAAAGGUGACUUUGAGUAUGCUCUCCUUUACUAUCACCGUGGAUACAAGUUGCGGCAAGAUCAAGAGGAGUUUAAACUUGGAAUCCAGAAGGCUCAAGAGGCUAUAGACAAUGCCAUUGGAAGUAAGAUAUUGGUUUCUUGAAUUAUAUUAAUCUAUGACUGCUUGCAAAAAGGAUCUUUGUAGCUCAUUCUCUUAAAUGCAGGGUUGCUCAUGGUCCUGGGGGGUAAUUGGGUUAGUUUUUGCUGGGUAUGUGCUGCUGGCCUCUCAGAGCCCCUACCCCAUUAUAUUCUAUUCUAUUCUGUGGCCAAUUAUAGACCACAUGUUAACCACUUUUGGGCAAAUAUGUUAUUUUCGCGAUCCCAACUUAGUCACUUUCUAUUUUUAUGAAUUGACCCAUUUUUUAGAUAAUUGAAUGAAGAACCCUUUACUUUUCAUCUACAGGACAAACAUUCUGGUACGUUUGCUGGCCGAAUUAUAUGAAGAACUGUCUUACCCCAACAAAUCCGAAAAUGUGCGACCCCAUUCAAGUAACUCUGUUGAAAAUGCUACCCCAUUAUAGUCAAUCCAGUCGUGAAAAUGUGACCCCAUCCAGCAGCACAUCCCCAUUAGCCUCUUAUCAGGAAGUACCCCCCCAACCCCCCAGGCUCAUGGUGAUAAUAGUAGCUAUCUGCUGUACCCUUGUGCAAUAAUUGUUUAUGCGUAUGCCUCCGCUGGCUGGACAAAUCACCCUUUGCCUGUAAGGAAUUACUGUUGAAGUAGUUAUUGCCUGACUGUUCAAUAUUACUCUCAAAUAAUCUGUGAUGUGAUGUAAUUAACUGUACAUUAUAUAAUAAUCUAAUACUAAUAAUAAUAAUAAUAAUAAUAAUAAUAAUAGUAAUAAUAAUAAUCUUUAUUGAGGAUAUCAAUUUCACUUAUAAGUGAUUUACAAAAGAGUCCUCAAAAAUUAAAAAAGAACAAAAAGGAAAAAUAAAGACUAAUAUAUGAAUAUAUAAAAAUUAAACUAAAAACUAUUUACAUUUCUUAACACUCUUUUAAAACUAGCUAAUGAUGGGCUUUGUCUGAUUGAAAGGUCUAAUUUAUUCCAAUCGUUUGAGGCAAAGUUUGUCGAGGUCCAAUGGCCCCAGUUCCUAUUAGAUGCACUCUUACGGAUAUUGUUUUUACAUCUAGUAUUAUAAUCAUGUUUAUCCUUAUUGAAUUCAAUAUUAAAACGAUGUGAAAAUAAGUUUAAUAUUUAAACAUUUAUAAAUAAAAGAUGCCCUAUGCCCGGCCCUACGUCUUGGGAGAGUUUUCCAAUUCAGUUUAUUCAGGGCCUCACUAGCAGAUGAUCCAAUAGGCAAAUCUAAAAUUAUUUUUGCAGCCUUAUUGUGUUAAGAUUGAAGUUGCCAUAUUAGAGUGGAGUUGCCCCUAUCCCCCCAGUGUAAUCAACUGCUAGGUGGAUCUUUUGUGUGGUAUUAUAGUUUAUUAACUUAUAGUUUUUGAUUGCUUCAUAUGGUUAAGUAAAGUUUCCUGAUCAAUGUGGUAUUUUCUCUCAGGUAAGGCCAAAGUGAAACUGGAGAACAAGGGAGAUUUGUCAUUUUUUGCUAAGCAAGAUGAAGGAGUAAGUACUUGAAAUUUUUUUGGCAUAAGUCAUGUAGACGUAUGAAGGAGCCUUCUCUAUAAUCUUGUUAACUGCUUUUUAACAGCUAGAAAAGUCAACAUUUGAAUACCAUUCUUGUCCUUCAACCUUUUUGGGCAACUGCAGCUGACAUAAAAAUGUCCUAUUUUUCAAUUUUAUUCUUGGUUCAAAAUUUAUUUUCUGCUCAAAAAGGAAAUACAGUGUACAUGUGUGAUGCCCAGCCAGAAUGAUCAGAUGAAAAUUAAUAUUCUCAUUAAUCCUUUAUCAUUUUAGCUGGGUUAUGAGGGUAAAUUAAAUGGAGAUGACCCUGCAAAAUAACCAAGGCUUGGGUGGACAAUUUGUCAAGUCUCAACUUGGUGCCUUCUUCAAGGAAAUAUGAAAAAAGGUCUAUAUCCAACCAUAUAAAAAUUAAUUAUUUACCUGGCUAUUAAGUGUAAAUAAAAAUAUUUUCUUCGUUUUUAGAAAAAGGCAAAUAAGGGAUACAGCAAACCAACAACCCAGGCGGCAAGGAAUCAGCAACAAGCAGUGAACAGAGGGAAGAAUGUUAAAAGCCCUGUAAAGUCAGAAAAGACUAUUAAAAAGGUGGGGAGCGUUUGAAAAAUAGAGGGUAUUGUCUUUAAAUGUCCGAAUUAGUAAUGGAUCAUUAGGAAGUAAAGGCAGCGUAAUAUUAAUUUUAGGGUCUACCAGUGCGCCUUAGUAUGAAUAAAUUUUUUUUUGUUAUUUCAAAAGCGGUUUUCAUUCCUUUGUUGAUGAUUAUAUUAAACUUUUGACACCUAUACAAAAGUAUGGUGGCACAAUUUGUAACUUUAACUUUCCAAUCUGUGGAUGAAAUCCUAUGUUGUUACUAUUACCAAGACAUAUUUGGCAGAACUUUCGCAUGGAACUGUUUAUAUUUUAUAGCAUAAAUUUUAUGCUGUAAUGCUGUGAGAUAACUAGGCUGUUAGACUCAAAAUUGAAAUGGACUACAUUUGUCUUUUCAUGACAGUUUGUUGCUGACAGAAUGCUGGAAAUGCUUUUUGAGAGCAUUGCUAUUGCUAGAUAUCAAUAUUUUUGGGUAGUAUGGCACUAGAUUUUUAGGGGCCUCAAAAAGUUAAUGACAAUCCCUGAGGAAGCAAGAGACCUUUCAGCAACUACGUAACUUUGCAGCUCUAUAUCCCCUGUAAGUUUUACCUUUGACAAAACUGAUUAAGUUCACUUAAUCUUUGAUGCAGCUUUUAGGGGAAUUAUAUGCUGACAAGAAAUAUCUAGAGGAACUUAUGAGCGACCAAGGUACGUCAAACUAUUUCAAUUUAUUGCCGAUUAUUUUAGCUCAGUGUGAUAGCUGCUUUCUGUAAGGGGCAGUCAGGGAAAGGUAGUAUGUUUACAGUCAAACCCUGCUUUACAGGCACCCACUUGACAGACACCUCAUUAUUACAUACCCCACUUUACGGACACCCACUUAACAGACACCUCAUUAUUACAGACCCCACUUAAAGGACACCCACUUAACAGACACCUCAUUAUUACAGACCCCACUCUAUGGACACCCACUUAACAGACCCCUCAUUAUUACAGACCCCACUCUAUGGACACCCACUUAACAGACCCCUCAUUAUUACAGACCCCACUCUAUGGACACCCACUUAACAGACACCUCAUUAUUACAGACCCCACUCUAUGGACACCCACUUAACAGACACCUCAUUAUUACAGACCCCACUUUAUGGACACCCACUUAACAGACACCUCAUUAUUACAGACCCCACUUUAUGGACACCCACUUAACAGACACCUCAUUAUUACAGACCCUACUUUACGGACACCCACUUAACAGACACCUCAUUAUUACAGACCCCACUUUACGGACACCCACUUAACAGACACCUCAUUAUUACAGACCCCACUUUACGGACACCCACUUAAUAGACACCUCAUUAUUACAGACCCCACUCUAUGGACACCCACUUAACAGACACCUGAUUAUUACAGACACUUUAUCACAGACCCCAUUAAUAUGGACACCUUCUAUUUUGUAGCCCCAUCGUUGUUUGAAUUAACAGGCUUUGAAUGUAUGUCCAAAUGAUUAGCCAAAAGAACCCGAACUCUAAAUAUUUUGUGCAUCAUACCCAGGACUAAAGGAGGUAUAAUGUACUGUAAACUUAAAAUUUUAUGACCUUUCAGCUGGAAAAGAUAGGUGUACCAUAUACCAGAUUUUUUCAAAAAUACAUACCAUACCUUAUGCAAAACCCUGAUCAUACUUACGUCUUGUCAUACUUACGUGAAAACUGAAACAUGGCUUAAGGAUUAAGAGUCUUGAACCUUUUUUUCUAGAUUUUAUACAUGGCAACAGCACAAAUAAUUAUUAUGAUCUUGUACAAGAUGGCCUGAAUUACUUGGACACUAGGAUAGAUUUUUGGAGGCAGCAAGAACCACUGUAUGCUCGCAAAAAUAAGAAACUACCUCCAAAGAAACCAGCGCAACAACAAAAACCUGCUGACACAACAAAAUACAUCUUAAGAUCACUGGAAGAAAUUGACGAGGCACUGGCGGAUGGCGAGCCUGAAGACAGUUUGAAAAAAGCGCAGUCUACCCUGAAAACAGUGCAAUCAUUAGGAGCAGAGAGUGUGCCAAAUAAAGCUGAAGUUAUUGGCAAUUUAUAUUCGUGCAUUGGAAAUGCCUAUCUUGAAAUGGAUAAUUAUGAUGAGGCCUUAAAAUAUCAUGAAAAGGACCUCAAGGCUGCCAAGAAGCGGUAGGUUAAAUAUGAUGACCUAAUUAGGGUGGCGAACUCUCGUGAUAUUUUAUUUGACCCUUUAAAUCCCAACAUCAACAUGUAUCUUCUCCACAUUGUUCUUCAUACAUUCCUUAAUCGUACUGCUUGAGAGAAUUUGUUUUAACAUCACAAAAUUUCAUCUUUAGUGAUCAUUUCGUUAAUUCACAUUUACCUGUCUAUUUGAUCAGGCUGUGUUAUUGUUGGGAGAAAUUGGAUGUGGGUCACUAUUGGAGUUUUAGAAGGGUUAAGGCUCUUUGAACAGAGGCAAAUCUAUCAGGCAGCUCCCAACUCCGUAACUCAGUCAGAUAUACAAUUGAACCUCUCCACAAUGGCCACCUUUGGGACAGAAAGAAAUUGGCCGUUGUAGAGAGGUUUAAACAAGAGUCAAUGUAUGAACUGUCUGCCAAAAAAGUGGCCGUUGAAGAGAGAUGGCCAUUGUGGAGAGGUGGCUGUUAGUGGACGUUCAACUCAGUAGUAUUAAAGUUUUCCGUCAAAUCAUGUCAUAGCCUGCAGUGCAGGUGUAUUUUGGGUAGGCGAAAGCUUGUUCAUGUACGUAUCGCUGUGAUGAAGCUGCCAUCUUUGAUGUUAUAACAGAGGUAGAUUGGGGAGAGUAGAAAUAGUAACCCUUCAGGUAGGUGUGAGGGCGAAAGAAGGAGAGGAGGGAGGGGGAGGGGGAGGGGAGGAAAAAAAAUACUAAUUAGAGGGUGUUUCUCAUUUCCACAGUGUUUUUGGGCAUGCGUUUUCUCUUCUUUCUCCUCCCCCCUCCCCCCCCCCCUUGACUUGUCCCAUUUCCUCCUCUCUUCGGGAGUUUCAGCAUAGCGCUUUCGCGAUUAAAACCAUUCGUGCACCCGAUGAAAACGCCUGCACUGCAGGCUAAUCUUGUCAUGCGAGUGGUAUCAAGACUUCCUAUAACACCACUGGCAAAAAGACAAAUGUAGGUCAUCCUCCUUCUAACUGGAAUUAUGAUUUUAGUAUUUUUUAAAAAAGUGAAUAUAUAACGGUAACACAAGUACUGUUAAUCCAGUAGUUGACAUCGUGGUCCAAAAAUAAGGAGAGAAACAAAUAAUAUUGAAAUAAAAAUUUUACCAGCAGGUAAGAAUCUCAAUUGACUGGAGGUAAACGACUUGGCGCAGCAGUUGAUCUUUACUUAAACUGUGAAUGAAUUCAUCUAGCUCUUAGGGUAAAGCUUGAACUCUGAGCCACAAGUGAGCAAGUCCAGCACAUUAUUAAUUAGCUUGGCAACCCUGUUCCCAGGGGUAGGAGAGAACCCUGGGAACGAGGUUUUACGUCCAGGUCUUCUGCCUAAUUUAUUUUUGCAUUUACACUUUCUAAUAUACUUCAAUAUCCUUGUCACAAGGGAGGACAAAGAAGCCAAAUCACGAGCACUUGAUAACCUUGGAAGAUUAUAUGCCAAACAAGGAGAGUACACUAAAGCUAUUGAUGCUUGGAUGGAGAAGCUCCCAUUCUGUAAAUCAGUGCUUGAAAGCACCUGGCUUUACCAUGAGAUUGGCAGGUGUCAUUUAGAGCUCAAGUACUACCAGGAUGCCAAGGAGUUUGGCCAGAAGUCAUUGGCUGCGGCAGAGCAAGCAGAUGAUAAGGUCUGGCAGCUAAAUGCUACAGUCCUUGUGGGACAGGCUGAAGGUAAGUUUCAGUGAGAUGAAGAAUUACUGGUUGUGUUGUCAGGGAAAAAUUCUAACAAGCGACAUGUCCUUGAAACAGCAACAUUAGUCUAGAGGAAAUAGCGACGAACGACAUAAAGAUGGGUUAAUUACUGAUACAGACAUGGCCUACUCCUCAAAACACGUAAAUGCUUAGAGUGGUUAUUUUAAAGGUUAUUGUGCUCUGGAGAUAUCAUGUAAGCCCUUAAAAGUUUCUUAAUGUUUUUUUGUGAAUGACAGCAAGUAUUCUAAGUGAAAUGGAAUUUCUUCAUGAAUUUCUUUUCUGUAGUAAAACUUGGCGAUCUUCAAGCUGCUUUACAGACAUUCGAGAAAGCCUUAGAACUGGCCAAAAUCCUGGAAGAUGAAGCGGCUGAGAAAGCCAUAUCCAAGACCAUCAAUGAUAUCAAUGAUAGAAUUGCUCAAGGUAAAGAGAAAUCCACUUGGUAAUAUAAACAAACACCUUAGUACAUGUACCAGUUGACAGUGAUAUCUUCCUUUAAACAACUCUGCCAUACGUUGGUUUUUAUUUGGACCUCUUAUUUUCAUUCAUAGAUCUGCCAUUCACUGAUCUCAAAUUGAUUUGUUCUUGUCUUUCUUCAUUCAUUCUCAUUUAUUCUCUCACUCUUUUCAAGGUAACACUGAAACCUCUCUAUGACGGCAUUUUGUUAACUUAGUGAAAAUAGUUCUUGUAACCUUUUUCUUUUACAGGAGUAGGUGAAAUCACAUUUUCAAACCUUAGGACUUGGUUUGGGAAAUCAAUAAAAGUUAGACUGAGUGCAUUAAAAUCACAAUCGUAAAAAAUUUGUCUGCCCCUGUAGACAGCGAUGGCAUUGUUUUUGAAAGUGCAUUGGUGUUCUUUUAAACUUAAUCCCCAUUCCAACUAAGUUAACUUGUCUACUGAUGACAAAUUUUCCUGAGUUGAAUUAUAACAGAUCACAGUCAAGUUCUUCAUCACGUGUAAACGCUGCAUUGAAAGGCUUAACAUCUUAGUCAUGUCGUAGUGUCAAAGAAAUGUACCAAAAGUGUGAUGCAAAUGCAGAUUUGAUGCUUUUAUAUAAAACCUAUUGCUUGUUUUGACUUUCUGAUUCAUGCCAUGUCUGUCAUGCUUGUUAAGCUCCCUGUUUGCUUCAGUUGUUUGAGCUUUUUAUUGUUGUCACAGAAUAGAAAAGCCUUUCCGUGCAGUACCGUCGUGAAAACCUACAUUACGGUGAUUAGGCCCCUAAAAUUAUUUAAAUCAAGCACAAGGGAAAUAGGCCAUGCUUAUAGCAAUUCCUUCAACUUUUUCAGGUGUUAAAUCUGGAGAUGACAAAGAAGAAACAGAAGGGCAAGAAAGAACCAAAGAAGUUACCAAAGAUGCAGAGGAAGAAACUGAACCUGCAGAACAAACAGAGGAAGGAGUCAAAGAUGAAUCAAGCGGGCAAAAAACUGAAGAAAUAAAAGAAAGUGAACCAGCUGAGGACAAUGAGAAACAGGACAGUGAGAAACAAACGGAAGAAAAUGCCGAGGAAGGUAGAAAAGACUUUCAAACCAGUGAUGACGAUGCUGAGAAGAAGGAAUAACUUUAAUUUUUGUGCAUCCCAUUUUAGCAUCAAGUUUCCGUCUUCUUUAAGCAGUCAAAUCCUUUUUGUUGCUUUCCCGGAGGCUCAUUAAUGAGUGAACUUCUGUGAAGUAAAUUCAUUUUGUUUUAUUUUUACUAAGCUCCAGUUGUGCUAUCAAUAUUAGUUUUCGCUUAAAGUGGAAAUACCCGCUAAAUUUCAUAGACUAUUCUGUAGGAGCAAAUAACAAGACUUGAGGAAUAACCCAAUGUUCAAUUACCAGACUUCAUUUUGCCUCGUAAAAGGAACAUACAUUAAAAUUGAAGCAACCUGCAGUGCAAUAAAAUUUGAUGAAAAGCUUAACUGGUUGGUUUUAUGACCGUCUCGAAACAAAUAAAAAAUACAUGAAUAUAAAUACCGCAUGUUGUUGACAAGUAAGGUAUGUUGUGGGUAGUGAACUUAAAUAAUUAUUAUUCAAAAACUAAUUGUAGAGGUUGUGGCUUAAAUUGUGAACAUCUUUAUCAAUAAUUUAAAUUCCUUUAAUUG